AUCUUUCUUUUUCUUUUAUAUAAAUACUUGAGGUAGCGUCGUUUUAGUAUAACGUUGUUGCUGUUAGAGAAAAAAAGAAGAAGGAAAUAUGGUUUCUCCUGCAACAUCAUCUCCUAGACUUUCCCAACAAUCAUCAGUCGCUUCAAGUAAUGUCUUUGUCAUCAAUGCUCUCGAGAAAAUAUCUUCUGCAAGAGAAGCAAGGCGUAACAAGUCUUUAAAAGAAGCAGUGGAUGCUGCUAAAAAUAUGCUCAAGAACAAUGAACCUGCACCUGAAGGACAAACUCGUUCCACUGUGAUUUUAGCAGCACUUCAACAAGCCAUCGAUACACGCUCAGCAAAUCUAAUGGCCAUCUCACUUGAUUGUCUUGGCAAAUUUAUUACUUACAAUUACGUUGCUGAUAUGGAAGAUGAAGUAGCACAGGCACAAGUCAUGGAAAAAGUAGUCGAUGGUAUUUGUGAUUGUUUUAUAGGUGAAGAAACAGACAAGAAAGUGCAAUUACAAAUUAUCAAGGCUUUGUUGGAUGCUGUUUAUUCUACCAGUAAUCCACUUCAUUUAUCUGCUCUUUUGAAAGCAGUGCGAACAACUUACAAUAUUUUUUUGCUUUCCCGUAAUAAUGACAAUCAGAACGUGGCUCAAAUUACAAUGACACAAAUGGUCGACCAUAUCUUUAGACGAGUCAAAUUGAAUCCUAAUGUAGCACCUCAACAACAGUCAACUGAGGAAAUUCAACAGGAAGAGGAACCCGUAGAGGAAACAACAGUAGAGGAAGAAGAAAAAGAACAAGAGGAAGAGGACGUAUUAAGCAAUACAGCCAAUAAUGCACCACAUGAAACACAAGAAGAAUCAAAUGCUUACCAGCAACAAAUUAUUGUAGAAGCCAACAUGGCUCGUACUGAAAUGGAUCAUAAAUUACCUAGUGGAAGAAACAAAGACAACUACCAAGAUUUCUUAAACGAUACAGCUAAUGUAUUUCAAGAGAAUAAGCAGGUGGUACCUGAAAGAUCAGAAGGAAAAGGAUCAUUUGAAAAUGAACGUAUGCAGCGUGAAGACACCGAAACAGAAGCAGAUCUUUAUAUCAAAGACGCCAUUUUGGUCUUUAGAGCACUCUGUAAACUCUCCAAAAAGUCUAUUCAGUCUGAAUGGGGAAACGAUAUGCGAUCUUAUUCGAUGCGUUCAAAGCUGCUUUCGUUGCAUUUAAUCUUGACAAUCAUGAUGUCACAUAUGGAUGUCUUUACUUCAGAAGAAGUUUUCUUCUCAAACACAACAGAGCACAAAGUCAAUCCUUUUAUUUUAGAAGUAAAGCAAUACUUGUGUCCUAGUAUUGGUCGAAAUGCAUUCUCUGUGGUCCCUCAAGUGUUUGAUAUUACGCAUGAAAUCCUAUGGCGUGUUGUUCAAGGAUUGCGUGUCUAUCUCAAGAGCGAAAUAGAGAUCUUCCUCAAGGAAAUUGUGUUGCGUAUCUUGGAAAUGCGCAAUGCUUCUAACCAGCAAAAGUUUUCACUACUGAAAGGUGUGUUGCGUAUUUGUGAAGAUCCUCAGACAUUAGUGGAUGUGUAUCUCAAUUAUGACUGUGACCGUGCUGCAUUGGACAAUAUCUAUGAACGUCUUGUGAAUGUGCUGUCCAAGGUCACUACUUCACAUAACCAUCCUACAAAUGGCAAAGACUUUGAUAAUCACCCUGAUCCUAUCUCAAGCACACAUGUGAACCAUGCUCAUGCCUCUGUUGUGAUCCCUCCCCCUUUAACGACAGCUACUAUUUUGCACAGUGAUAAACAGAACGCACAGACAGCUAUGCCUGAAUCAGCUAUUCGAUUCAAGUCUUUAGAAUGUUUAGUGGGUGUGUUGAAAUCCUUAGUGAGCUGGUAUCAAAACAACUCGGUCAGUAUCACAGCAGGACAGAACAACCAAGAGGAAGAUACGCCUCGUGCCAGUGAAGAUCAUGCAUCACUGACUACACAUUCGAAUUCGUCUGUCUCUCGCUUCAACAGUUCCUCUGCAUCGACACCACUCACCACAGGCAGCAGCACACGACUGGACGAUCCUGAAGCAUUUGAGAACUUGAAGCAUCGUAAGCAAUUGCUUCAAGAAGGCGUGCGUCAAUUCAAUUGGAAACCUGAAAAGGGUAUCAAUGCCUUGGCCAAUAAUGGAUUUUUAAACAAAGAAGAUCCUCAUAGUGUAGCACGAUUCUUGUUAAACACAGAAGGACUCAACAAGACUCAAAUUGGUGAAUAUCUUGGUGAAGGAGAUGCCAACAAUAUCACUAUUAUGCAUGCCUUUGUGGAUGAAAUGGAUUUCUCAAACAUGAAUUUCACAGAGGCUUUAAGAUUCUUUCUUCAAGCUUUUCGUUUACCUGGUGAAGGUCAAAAGAUUGAUCGUUUUAUGCUCAAGUUUGCGGAACGCUAUGUUCAUGGCAAUGCAGGUGUAUUUGCGAAUGCAGAAACUGCUUAUGUCCUUGCUUACUCUGUCAUUAUGCUCAACACAGAUCUUCACAGUCCACAUGUGAAGCGUAGAAUGAACUUGGACGAUUUCAUCAAGAACAACCGAGGUAUUGAUGACGGUGCAGAUAUUCCUCGCCAAGUACUUGAGACCAUCUUUGACGAAAUUGCCAAUAAUGAAAUCAAAAUGAAAGACGAAGUAGAGGCUGCGAAUGAAGCUGCCUUGGUGGCUACACCGGGUGCUGCUGGUGUGUUGGGCAUCACGACCGGUUUACAAAAUGCGCUUGUGAGUGCUGGUAUCACCCGUGAUGUGCGUCGUGAAGCUUACCAACAAGCCAUUGAAGACAUGGGCUCAAAGACAGAAGCCAUGUUCCGUAACAUGUUGGCCAGUCGUCGUCGUGCUGGUGAAAAUGAUACCAUCACAUUUUACAGUGCUUCUCAUGUAGAGCAUGUUCGUCCCAUGUUUGAAAUUGUAUGGAUGGCGUUUUUGGCUGGUAUUUCGGGUCCUUUGCAAGAAUCAGAUGAUUUGGCUACUGUCAAUCUAUGUUUGGAUGGAUUCAAGCAUGCCAUUCGCAUCAUUUGUUUGUUUCAUACUGUUCAGUCUGAAGACAUGGACCUCCAAAGAGAUGCAUUUGUCACUACGUUAACUAAGUUUACUUUCUUGACCAACUUGAAUGAAAUGAAGCCCAAGAAUGUAGAAGCCAUCCGUACACUUCUUGAAGUAGCAGCUGUGGAUGGUAAUUACCUCAAGGGAUCAUGGAAAGAAAUUUUGUCUACUGUGAGUCAAUUAGAACGGUUCCAGUUGAUUACACAUGGAUUAGAUGUAGGUAGCAGUUCUAUGGUCGAUAUGGGUAAGCGAACAAGCAAUGCCAAAGCUUCUUCUGAUUUUGGUCGACGUACUUCUGCGCUGGGUGGUCGUGGUCGUCUUACAAGCCCAGCUCGUUCUACGACACAAUUGUCCUUGACAGAAGAAGUGACCACCGCCAGUUCAUCUCAGUCUCUUGUGCUUGCUGUCGAUCGUCUGUUUACUUCAACAGUCAACUUGAAUGGGGAAGCCAUUGUGGAUUUUGUCCGUGCAUUGUGUGAGACUUCAUGGGAAGAGAUCGUUUCUUCUGCUCAUAUGGAACAUCCUCGUAUGUACAGUCUUCAAAAACUAGUUGAAAUAUCAUACUACAACAUGAAUCGUAUUCGUAUGGAAUGGUCUAAUAUCUGGGCUCUCCUUGGUGAAUACUACAAUAAGGUAGGCUGUCAAUCCAAUUUCAAUGUUGCCUUUUUUGCCUUGGACUCUUUGCGUCAAUUGGCUAUGAAAUUCUUGGAAAAAGAAGAACUGCCUCAUUUCAAGUUCCAAAAGGACUUUUUGAUGCCUUUUCGACAAGUUCUUGCCAAUAAUACAGAUGUGGCUAUCAAAGACAUGGUAUUGCGCUGUUUAUCACAAAUGAUUCAAGCAAGAUCACAUCAUUUAAGAUCCGGCUGGAAGACCAUGCUGUCCGUGUUUGCUACAGGUGCUUGUGAGGUCUCUGAAUCCAUUGUCCAUAUGACAUUUGAUAUCGUACGCAGUGUGACAAACGAACGCUUUGGUGAUAUUGUAGCCAACGGUACCUUCCCUGACUAUAUCUCUUGCCUUGUCGAAUUCUCCAAGAACCAAAAGUUCCAAAAGAUCAGUCUUCCCGCACUCGAUAUGAUCAAAGGCACCAUUCCCAAAAUGCUGGGGAUUGCCAACACACCUCUGGAAAUCAAUGAUGUCCAUGCAUCCACAACGUCUACUGUACAGGCUUCAGGGGAUGAUUUCCUAAUCAAAUUUUGGUUUGCUGUUCUUUAUGGACUUAAGGAAAUCGUGAUGCAGAGUGAUGAUGUGGAAGUGCGUAAACGUGCCCUUGUCUAUCUGUUUGAGACGUUAAAGAAGCAUGGUAGUUCGUUUACACCCGAGUUUUGGACAACUAUCUCUCGUCAGAUUGUGUUUCCCUUGUUUGAUGAUCUCAAGAGUGGUGGCGCUAGACGCAAAAUGACACCAGAAGACUUGAGUGUGUGGUUAUCCACCACGAUGAUUGAAGCUCUGCGCAAUGUGGUGGAUCUAUAUACCUUUUAUUUUGAUAACAUGAAGGAUAUGAUGGAACAUGUAUUAGGUUUAUUUGCUGUCUGUAUCACACAAGACAAUGAUACACUUGCACAUAUUGGCUGUGAAUGCCUUGACCAAUACAUUGAAGCCAAUGUUGAAAAGUUUGAUCCUAGUUGUUGGAAUUUAGUGACCGAAACAUUCACAAGUCUGUUUGAAAAGACAACAGCCAAUGGCUUAUUUGACGAUACAGCAGACUUGGUUGAAAGAGUGAAGGAUUUAUCUGAUCAACAGUCACCCGCUGAUAUUGAGAUCAGUGAAGAACGUCAACGCAAUUUCCAACAAGUGAUCAUCAAAUGUGUCUUACAACUCAUGUUGAUUCAGACUGUCAAUGAUUUGUUAGCAAAAGACCCUGUCUAUUUUGCUUAUCCAGCUUCUCAUCUAAUGGUCUUGAUGGGCUGUCUUGGUCGAUCUUUCCAUUUUGCCAAGAAGUUCAAUGUGGACAAUGACCUUAGAAUGGCCUUGUUUCGAUUUGGAUUUAUGAAGCAAUUGCCUAACCUGCUAAAACAAGAAACCUCCAGUGGUGGUUGCUAUGUCUCUGUCUUGAUGCGUAUGUAUGCCAACCUGGAAAACAUCAAUGACCGAGACGAUAAACGAGAAGAAAUCGAAAAGAUAUUGAUACCUCUCUGUAAUGAGAUCUUCACGCUCUAUGCUGAACUAGAUCAAGAAACAAAGCCCAAGAAUAUUGCUGCAUGGACACCUGUUGUAGUGAAUAUCUUGAAUGGUCUAUCUCAACUACAGGAUGAAGAUUUCUUAAGACAUGUACCUCGAUUCUAUCUUCCUUCUGUUGAACUAUUGGGGCAAGAAAGUUUGUUGCCUGAAAUUCGUAUUGCCUUGAGAACCUUAUUAAUUCGAGUGGGUUCUACCUAUCAUAUUACAGCCUAAUUAAAAAAUAAAUAAAAAAGGGAGAAAAAGGGUUUUCUCUUAGUUGGUGUGUGUAAAA